AGCCGAGGCCAAUGCUAGGCGUAGGAGCCACUGCUUCUAGCCACUGCGUCGCAGGAUGGGUAAAAAAAUAAAGAAGGAAGUUGAACCACCCCCCAAGGAUGUGUUCGACCCGCUCACCAUUGAGAGCAAGAAGGCAGCGACAGUGGUGCUCAUGCUCAGCUCUCCAGAGGAGGAGAUCUUGGCCAAAGCGUGCGAAGCCAUCUACAAGUUUGCUUUGAAAGGUGAGGAAAAUAAAGCAACUCUCCUUGAACUUGGAGCUGUGGAGCCUUUGACCAAACUGCUCACCCACGAAGACAAAAUCGUAAGAAGAAAUGCUACGAUGAUCUUUGGCAUCAUGGCUUCUAACAAUGAUGUUAAAAAGCUGUUAAGGGAGUUGGAAGUCAUGAAUUCUGUUAUUGCUCAGCUCGCUCCAGAAGAAGAGGUGGUCAUCCACGAGUUCGCAAGCCUCUGCCUCGCGAACAUGUCUGUGGAGUACACCGGGAAAGUGCAGAUAUUCGAGCACGGGGGGCUGGAGCCGCUCAUCAGGCUGCUCAGCAGCCCGGACCCCGACGUGAAGAAGAAUUCUAUCGAGUGCCUCUACAACUUGGUGCAGGAUUUUCAGUGUCGGACUACACUUCAGGAACUUAACCCAAUCCCUCCUAUGUUAGAGCUCUUGAAGUCGGAGUAUCCUAUCAUCCAACUGCUGGCUCUUAAAACCUUGGCUGUCAUCACGUGUGACAAGGAGUCUCGGGCAAUGCUGAAAGAGAAUCAAGGGCUGGACUACCUCACCAAGAUCCUGGAGGCCAAGGACUUGGGCGACCUUCAUGUAGAAGCGCUUGCAGUGGUAGCCAACUGCCUGGAGGACAUGGACACAAUGGUGCUGAUGCAGCAGACAGGAAGUCUCAAAAAACUGCUUUCGUUCGCAGAGAACUCCACAGUUUCUGACAUUCAGAAGAAUGCAGCCAAAGCCAUUACCAAAGCAGCUUAUGAUCCUGAAAAUAGAAAAAUUUUUCAUGAACAAGAGGUUGAAAAAUGCCUGGUGACCCUUCUGGGAUCUGACAACGAUGGCACCAAGAUUGCUGCUUCCCAAGCUAUUUCAGCCAUGUCUGAGAACUCGAGCAGCAAAGAUUUUUUCAACACCCAGGGGAUUCCACAGAUAGUUCAGCUGCUCAGAAGUGACAAUGAGGAGGUGAGGGAAGCUGCUGCCCUGGCCCUGGCCAACCUGACCACCAACAGCCCCUCGAAUGCCAACGCCGCCGCAGAAGCAGACGCCAUCAACCCGCUGAUCAACAUCCUGUCGAGCAAGCGCGACGGAGCCAUCGCCAACGCCGCCACGGUGCUGACCAACAUGGCCAUCCAGGAGCCCCUGCGAGCCAUCAUCCAGAACCACGAGAUAAUGCACGCGCUGCUGGGCCCGCUGCGCUCCAGCAACACCAUGGUGCAGAGCACCGCCGCGCUCACGGUGGCCGCCACCGCCUGCGACAUGGAGGCCCGCACCCAGUUGAAGAACUGUGGUGGGCUGGAGCCGCUGGUUGAGCUCCUGCACUCCAAGAAUGAUGAGGUGCGAAAGCAUGCGAGCUGGGCCGUGAUGGUCUGUGCCAGCGACGAGCUGAUGGCUGUUGAGUUAUGCAGGCUCGGGGCUCUAGACAUCCUUGAAGAAAUUAAUCUAUCAGUAAGUCGGAAAAAUAAGUUCAGUGAGGCAGCCUAUAACAAAUUGCUCAACAACAAUCUUUCCCUGAAAUACAGCCAGACUGGCUAUUUGUCAUCAAGCAACAUAAUUAGUGAUGGAUUCUAUGAUUACGGUCGGAUAAACCCUGGCACCAAACUUCUGCCGCUGAAGGAACUCUGCUUACAGGAGGUGAAUGAUCAACGCGCUGUUCUGUUAGUCAACAAUAAAUCUGACACGUCUCCACCUCCGUCUAUGGAGGACAAAUCCGCAGAUGCUGCCUAUGGACGAAACAUUUCUUCUUCAGCCUCCUUGAGAAGGGGAAGCAAAGAGAAGGCCAAUUUUCGUUUUAGCCCUGGAUUUGGAUCUCCCACAGAAGAAAAGUCAGAGCCUGCAUCAGGACGAAACACUGUCGUCAGCAGAGGUGCGGCCAAAGAGAAAGGAUCGAGGAAAGGAAGAGGGAAAAAAGAAGAAGAAAAAGUAAAGGAAGAAGAAGAGAUUCUGACAGUGCCCAAAAUGGCGGAAGGUAUCUCGGACAAAGAAUGGUACCCUCCUCCUGACCCUGAAUUCUGUGUGUAUGUGUAUGAGGUGACCAAAUCAAUACUGCCCAUCGUCAACAUUAAGGAACAGAUUGAGGCUCUUGCCAAAUAUGUGGCAGAUAAAAUGGGCGGUAAGAUUCCAAAAGAGAAGCUAUCUGAUUUCAGCUGGGAACUUCAUAUAAGUGAAUUGAAAUAUCAACUGAAAUCCAAUGUUAUACCAAUUGGAUAUAUCAAGAAAGGAAUCUUUUAUCAUCGAGCUUUGCUUUUCAAGGCACUGGCUGAUAAAAUCGGGGUAGGCUGCUGCCUGGUGCGUGGUGAGUACAGCCGAGGGUGGAACGAAGUGACACUGCUGAACGAGGCUCGGAAGGGCCUGAUAGGGAACCUGCCGCCGCCCGAAGAAUACAUCGUGGACCUCAUGUUCCACCCGGGGACCCUGAUGAAGCUGCGCAGCAGAGAGGCCGACCUCUACCGCUUUCUGUAGUCACCAGAGGAACGCAGGAGCACCCAAACCAGAAAUUGUCUCUGCGUGCUUUCUAAGACGGGCGCUGGCAGAUGUCAUAACUUCAAAUAAAAGGAUUAG